AUGGUGCUAAACAAUGCCCAACUUCAUCCUGCCGUUACCUUCUCCAACAAGGUAUUCAUAAAAGACAAGGAAUACUCUAGAUAUGUGUGUUGCUUCCGCAAUUGUGCAAUCUAUACAUCCUUCACCAUCCAACCCUCUGCCUUUUCACGAUAUGACAUGGAUAUCUCUUGCUUGAUUCGCAACCUUGGUUGGCAAUCUCUGUUCGAAGAUCAGCGUUUUACGUACUUUCCGGAGGCUGUGAGAUUGUUCUAUGUCAAUCUCAAGCGUGGGUCAGGACCAGAUCUCUAUUCCUUCAAAAAAACUAUUGGGAACUUUGAGAUUAUGGUCACUGCAGAUCUGCUUGCCAUUGAACUUGGGUCCCACAUGACAGCCUCAGGGCAGGUAAUGAUGGACAAUUUCGUGACCAUGAUUUCGAUUACUGCCAUGUCCUGGAUGAUAUUGCUCACGAUAUUGGUCGUUAUUUUCCAAAUCUGCACGCUGCUGGCCGUCUCCCUGAUGAACUGCGCGUUCUUCACUUCUUCAUCACCCUCAUUCUCCUUCCUAGAUCCCUCUCGAGUGCGACCUUGCUUCAUACCUCCGAUCUCUGGAUCCUUCAUCAUGCCCAUUCAGGACAAUGCAUCAGCUAUGCAUCACUGGUAUUCUGCCACCUGGUCCAGUAUGGAGAUGACAACAACGAUGGGUGGUUGCCUGUGGCACCUCUUAUCACUCAGCUGCUCCGAAAAUUGGGCAUUGAUCUUCGCGAUAAGGUCACUCUCUGCAAUGUUCAUGAUGAUCUGA